AUGGCAGAACUAUCAACACAGCCGCCGCUGCCUGGAGGGACAGUGCAAGAGAGGCGCCAGUUGCAGGAACGCACUGCAGCGUGCACAGCCGAGGCGAGCGCGCAUCUGCAGGAGGCAGACUCUGUCAGAGAACGCAUCGAACAACUGUGCGCCACCGAGUCGCCACCACUACCUCUGCGGGGACCCGCGGCCGCCAAAUCUUGCGCUGCUGCCAAAUUAGUCACCGCCGAUAGAUCCAGAGCUGCGGCCAGAUCAGGCGCUGUAGCCAGGUCAGGCGCCGAAGCCAGAUCAGGCGUGGGGCCUUUGAAUGAAAAGGAAGUUAAGGAGCGUGCGCGGGCGUAUGCAGCUGCUGCAGCCAAUCUGCCCAAAGAGGCACACAAGUACCAUGACUUGGUGAAAGUAGAAGCUGAAGAGCCGCCGGUCCAUGCAGAGCGACUGGUGCGCAAGCAGCUGCGCCCGGGGUGGCAGAAGCUGAGGGCAGCACAGCCGUGCAUUGACAUUGCAUGGGCCGUGAAUACACGCAAAGCCCUCAGUAUUGGGACUGGCCAAAUGACCCCAAGGUUUGAGAUCAGCGCUGUGGGUGUUGCCGAAGCUGCUCUGAGGGCGCUCUGA